AUCUUCAUCAGAACCAUGCGAGAAGAUAUUAGUAUCACCAACCAGAUGGCGACACAGAAAACAUUCAAUUUAGUACAUCUGUUAAAAAGCACGAAAAGGCUUAAGGUUGUUCAGAAUGCUGUGCGUCAAUUACAACAUUGCGUGACAGAACGCAGUGCAAUCGAGGUUGUUGAAAUAUUUCAUCAAGAGCAACGGAAAAACGGCGCUGGCGGCUACUGUAAGAAUGCUAAUAAACGGCUCUCACUUGAAAUGGCAUAUCAACGCAGAGCAGAAACCAUUUUACAAGAUGAAAAUUGUUUCAAAGUGUACAUAUACAAACUCGACUGUAGAAUAACGAUAGAGUUACUUGAUACCGAAAGUGAUGAUAAUGAAAAAAAUGCACAAAAUGCUAAGACAUGGGAUAACUACGUUGAUCGCCUCACCAAUCCUGUGUCUGCUAAUACGAAUGAUCUUACAAAUCAAAGUAGUGUCCCGAUCGCAAGAUCAGCUAGUGAUGAAACAUCGUUAACGAUAAAGGAAGAAAAGAUGGAUGAUGAUCUGUUACAGUCAUGGAAAUUUUAG